CAAUAUAGCUCUGUGUUUCGACUAGUGCACUCCUUUCUUACAAAAUAAAGUUAUAAAGAAAUGUAUUGUUAAAAAUGUUAUAAAAUUAAUGAACAAUAUAUAAUUUAGGAGAAAAAAGAAAAGCUAAAUUAUAUUUUUCAUUUAUUGCUACUAUUGUGUACUCGUCUAAAUAACCAAAUACAUAUUUCUCGAAUAACAUUGAAAACAUCGACAUUGAGAACAUUUGUCGAAGUAGAAUUUUAAAAUGUUUUCAUUUCUUGCUUGGAGUGUUCUAAGCGCUUUGUUUUUGUCUGUGAUAGCCAAGAAUCAAGAAUCACGAUUAAUUAAAAUACACUCCGGACCAGUUCGUGGGUAUAAAGACCCUUUAGAAAAUGUUUUUACGUUCCAUGGAAUACCUUACGCUACAGCACCAACAGGAACUCAACGAUUUAAGGGUCCACUACCUCCACCGGUCUGGACUGAAAUAUUGGAAGCAGUUAAUAAGAGUAUCGUCUGUCCUCAAAUGUAUAUGAACGUCAAGGAAAACUGUCUCACUGCCAGUGUUUAUGUACCAGAGAAUGUCGACGAGGAACUUCCAGUGGUUGUAUAUAUUCAUGGUGGAGGGUUUGUAUUGGGUUUCGGAGAUGUGGCCACCCCGAAGAAAUUAGUUAGCAGCCAACACAUUAUAGCAGUAACAUUUAAUUAUAGAUUAGGUGCUCAUGGAUUCCUUUGUUUAGGCACAGAAGACAUUCCCGGUAAUGCUGGUAUGAAAGAUCAGGUUGCAUUGCUACGAUGGGUAAAACAAAAUAUAGCAUGGUUCGGAGGUAAUCCAGAGGACAUCACAAUCGCUGGAUACAGUGCGGGGUCAUCAUCAGUUGAACUUUUAAUGAUUUCGAAAAUGGGUGUGGGGCUGUUCAAUAAAGUUAUACUAGAAAGUGGUGCAAGUACCUCUCCUUAUGCUAUUCAAGUUGAUCCUAUACAAAAUGCAAAAGAAUACGCAAAUUUGAUACAAAAAAUCAAUAUAUCUAAUGUUCUGGAGUUGGAGCAAUAUUUCAAAAACAUUCCUUAUGAACUCUUACAGUCAGGUGACCUUCGUAAUAGAAAAGAUCACACAUUCUUAUUCAGCCCCUGCGUAGAAACAGAUAAUGGACAAGAACGAUUUCUCGAUGAUAAUCCAGUAAACAUUUUGAAACAAGGUAACUACAGUAUAGUACCUAUGCUGUAUGGUUUUACAAAUAUGGAGGGAUUGAUGCGCAUAUCCACAUUUGACCUUUGGAAAACAGAAAUGCAGGAAAAUUUUUCAAAUUUUUUACCCGCUGAUUUACGUUUUGAGAAUGACGAAGUGAAACACGUCGUUGCGGAGAAUAUUAAGAAAUUUUAUUUCGGAGAUAAACCAGUGAAUGAUGAUACCGUUCUCAAUUAUGUUGAUUACAUAUCGGAUGUUACUUUUACAUGUCCGGUCUUAAGGGCUAUUCAGUUUUUGCUGAAUGCUGGUCAUGACAAAAUAUACUUAUAUGAAUAUUCUUUUACCGAUGAAAACACUCCCUUUGUACCGUAUACACAUGUUAGAGGAGCCGAUCAUUGCGCCCAAACUUCUGCAGUUCUAGAUGGAUUUGAAGGAAUAAAGUCGUCUGAUACUGAGGAUUAUGUGCAAAUGAGGAGUAUAAUGAGGGAGCUUUGGGGAAAUUUUAUCAAACAUAGGAAACCGUCGGCUUCAGAAGCUCCUGCAUGGUCACCUGUGAGUAAGAAUCGGCGUUCUUACAUGGCUCUUAAGAAAUAUCUGGAACUUAAAGAGUCAUUGUUAGAAAAACCACGUCUUUUUUGGGAUCAAAUAUAUGACUUAUAUUACAGGUUCCCUGUAGCGCCUUCGAAAUAAUGUAAUGUUUUCAAAUUCUAUAUAUAAAAUCAAGAUUGAUACUAUUCCUUGAAAAUGAAUACUAAAUGCAGAUAACUCCGGCACAAAAAAUGUUCUGUUAAAUGUAUUACUCUCCUAAUCAUAUGUCUAUAGAAGUCAAGUAUCUCAAAAAGUUUUGAGAAUGUUAAAAUUCUGAUAGAGACUUAACUGUAUUGGAAUGUUAGCGACACUCUGAAAGUACCCCAUUUGAGCAUACAAAAACAUAUCAGGCUUAAUUCAUAACUAGUUAUUAUAUAAAAUAUAACAAACCCUUUUCUAGUUUGUCUAAACAGUUUCUCAUAUAUUUAUCACUGGUUUUGUUGAUUUUAAUGGAAAUUAUUUUUUUUACAAAAUUAUAUUUAUUUCAUGUGGAAUUAAUAUUUUCUGAUGUCAACUCAACAUUCAAAACGUAAUUAUAUCUGUAAGGGUUAUUAAAUAUCAUAUCAAGCUUGAUAAUUAUGUAAGAAAUAGUUUUUUGAUGUUGUGUGAUUUUAUGGCUUUUAACAAUUUACUUAAAUAAAUAUUUAUAACAAAAGUAUGUA